AUGGCCUCUUUAAACGAAUAUACCGAUGAACAGCUGAACUAUUACAGAAUUUGUUGUGUAACUACUGAUGUACUAGCAGAGGGUCUGAGAGAAAUAUUUAAACAAGAAUGGGACAAACGGUACAAAACAACAACAGGAGAGUGGAAAGACGAGCCUCGUAAUGGAAUGGACCUUUAUAACGGAGAGUCUCCUGGAAAUCAAAAACGAAAUGCUCAUCUUUUGAAGACCAUGAAAAACGGAAACAGAGUGGAAUGGGAUUGUACAAUGCUGUUUUACGCCAUCCUUUUCUCUGAUUGCGUCGGGACAGGUCUUAGCGCACUGGUCAGAAAAAAUGUAAAUGAUCUACGAAAGUUCAGGAAUGAAGAAUUCGCUCACAUGCCACAAGGUAGUCUUCCUGAGAUAGAUUUUCAGAAUGCUAUUAGCAAAGUUGAUGUUGCGUUUCAAGCGCUUAGUCUUCCCACUGUAAAAAUUCAAGACCUAAAAUGUCAAAAAACAUUUCCAACAAAAGAUUUAACAAAGGUCCUGAAAGAAGUUAAUAAUCUGAAACAAGAAGUUCAGGUCCUUGAAGAUCAGCUCCAAAAUGAAGCACCCUCAUUCUGUGUUCUCCCUCCUAAACCGUCGCAUGAAAUCGGUGGUCGUGAAAGUGAAGUAGCCAAAAUAGUCCAACAGCUGAGGGAACUAAAUGAGUCCAGUGGCAACAGGUUGAGUUAUCUAUACAUCUCAGGGAAUCCUGGAAGCGGCAAAUCACAGCUAGCUGGCCUCGUAGCUGAGAGAUUCUUUGACCACCUCAAAGAAAUGCCAGGUGGCUCCUCAUUUAUAAUGACCUUAAAUGCUGCAAGUCCAGCUUCACUUCUGGAGUCGUAUGCCUCAUUUGCUCGCCAUUUAAAGUGCCCAGACUAUUCAGUUAUAGAAACCCUCAACUCCAAGGACUCGACCGUGGACGAAAAGAUCACUAGUCUUAAGAUGCUUGUCGCAGUAAAAAUUAACUGUUACACGUCGUGGCUUCUGUUGGUUGACAAUGUCACUACUCUGUCUUCAGUGCAUGUCCAUUUACCACAGUUUGAAAACGAGGCUUGGGCAAGGGGCCAGUUGCUGAUUACGACCCAGGACACAACAUCAAUUCCCUCGGAAAGCGCUUUUGUUAAUCACAUCUCGGCAAGCAAAGGUAUGGAUUUCAAUGACGCCCGUUCAUUAUUGUCCAAGCUUUCUGGUAUCCCAGAUAGCGAACUGGUGGGAACAGUAGCACAAAGACUGGACUAUCAACCUCUUGCUUUAGCAGGCGCUGCCGUCUUUGUUAAAGAGAUUCGGCAGGACAAAGUAUCAACGCAUUUUGGGUGGGAGGAAUACCUAAAGAUCUUGGAAAAAGGGAAAAGACACAAAACGGAGGAUGCACUUGUCGACACCAAUCCAAUUUAUCCAAAUUCAAUGACCAAAGCAAUAACGUUAGCCGUUGAAACACUAAUGAGAUCCGACAAAUUUCAAGAACAUCUUUUCACUUUUCUUGCCCUCUGCGCUCCACGACCAUUGAACGUCGACAUAGUAGCUAGUUACAUCAUGAACACACAUGAAGAGUUUGAUGAAGCGGACAAGGAAAUAAUUCACAUGAGAUUAAAAAGAAGCUCACUUCUGCUGUUCCAAGAUGAAGAGGGUGGCUGUUUUAUUCGACUUCACCAGGUUGUGCAUGAUGCUAUAAAAACUGUAACAGAAGAGUGUGCAGAAAGCCAAAUCAAUGAGGUCGUAAGUGGGGUCAUAACAUCAUUUGACGAAUUUAUCGGGGCGACUCUACCAGAAAAGAAGAGAGUGGACACCAGACACAUCGCUCCACAUUUGAAAGCUUUAACUAUGGUAGCUGACCAAGUCUUUCUGCGAGAUAAUUUCUUUCAAGAUCUUGAUAAGGACAUUUCCAAAAAAUGCAAAAACCUUGGAAAUAUUUGUAAGAUGCAUUGUGAAUUCGAAGGAGCAAAAACAUAUUCUGAAUAUUCACUCACUAUUAAGCUUAAAGAGCUCGGCCCGAAACAUGUUGAUGUUGCAACAAGCUAUACGAAUUUAGCUUCAAUUUCCCAAAAUUUAGGUGACUUCGAGCAAGCCAAGGAGUAUCAGCAACAUGCUCUAGACAUCGAACUGGACAAGCUCGGCCCGGAAAAUGUUAAUGUUGCAACAAGUUACAAUAACUUAGCUUUGAUUUACCAGGGAUUGGGUGACUUCCAGCAAGCCAAGGAGUAUCAGCAACGUGCUCUAGACAUCGAACUGGACAAGCUCGGCCCAGAACAUGUUAAUGUUGCAACAAGCUACACGAAUUUAGCUUCAAUUUACGAGGAUUUAGGUGACUUUGAGCAAGCCAAGGAGUAUCAGCAUCGUGCUCUAGACAUCCAGCUGGACAAGCUCGGUUCGGAACAUGUUAAUGUUAAUGUGGCAACAAGCUACAAUAACUUAGCUUUGAUUUACAAGAAAUUAGGUGACUUUGAGCAAGCCAAGAAGUAUCAGCAACGUGCUUUAGACAUUUGCCUAGACAAGCUCGGGCCGGAACAUGUUGAUGUUGCAACAAGCUACAGUAACUUAGCUUUGAUUUACAAGAAAUUAGGUGCCUUCAAGCAAGCCAAGGAGUAUCAGCAAUGUGCUCUAGACAUCGAACUGGAUAAGCUCGGGCCGGAACAUGUUAAUGUUGCAACAAGCUACAGUAACUUAGCUUUGAUUUACAAGAAAUCAGGUGACUUUGAGCAAGCCAAGAAGUAUCAGCAACUUGCUCUAGAAAUCUAUCUGGACAAACUUGGUCCGGAGCAUGUUAAUGUUGCAAAAAGCUACAGUAACUUAGCUUUGAUUUACCAGAGAUUAGGUGACUUCGAGCCAGCCAAGGAGUAUCAGCAACGCGCUGUAGACAUUUGCCUAGACAAGCUCGGGCCGGAACAUGUUGAUGUUGCAACAAGCUACAGUAACUUAGCUUUGAUUUACCAAGGAUUAGGUGACUUCGAGCAAGCCAAGGACUAUCAGCAACGUGCUCUAGACAUUUAUCUAGACAAGCUAAGCCCGGAACAUGUUAAUGUUGCAACAAGCUAUUGUAACUUAGCUUCUAUUUACCAGGAUUUAGGUGACCUCGAGCAAGCCAAAGAGUAUCAGCAACGUGCUUUAGCUAUCAGAGCAGAUAAGCACGGCCGCAACAGAACACCAAAUAAGGUAAGAACUGCUAAGAGACGCAAAAAACUAUAUUAUGGAAAUUAUGUUUCUUCUUGAAAGAUUUUACGCAGUCUUUAACUGCUUUAAGUUUUAUCGUGUUGGUACUGUGUCUUUGAAAUUUGUUAAAAUUUAAAAGAAUGAAUUUUUCAGAUUUUUUUUCACAGCAGCAUAAGUUGCAUUUAAACUGCAAGGAUCGUCAUUGUAUUCUUUCUUCCGCAGGUUCGAAGAUAUGAAAUUGAUAUAACCUUUAAUUUGAUAAACGGUUUACAUAAUAUUUAUUAUGGAAUUGAUUUUUGGGACGUUCGGGUAAGACACCUCUUAAUUCAGGUUUGACUGUAACAGUACAGUUUCCGUUAGCGCUCUAUUCUUGCUUUCCGCAUAUUCAAGUUUCUUCUAAUGAAAAAAACCUGUUAGUCCUUGCAGAUUACUCAUGAAGCUGAAAGGCAUUUAUCACAACCCAAGAAAGACGAUGAUGAUGAUGAUGAUGAUAAAGGCAGUAGUAAGGAAGGUAAAGCAGAAAUCAUUGUUAAGUUUAAAAUGUCUCCUCGUGCUAACUUGUAA